AGCAUCGAGUUGAAACCCGGCUAACAUUCUCAUUUGCACCACACCACCGUUCCACUACAACUAACCAAUUUAGAGAAAUCUCGAAAUGGCUUUAAGAACCCUAGUAACCAAACGGACCGUAGCGGCAGGGCUAGGGUUCCGCCAGCAACUACGUGGCCUCCAAACCUUUUCGCUCCCGGAUCUUCCAUACGACUAUGGCGCACUGGAGCCAGCAAUUAGCGGUGAUAUAAUGCAGCUACACCAUCAGAAGCAUCAUCAGACUUACAUAACUAAUUACAAUAAAGCCCUUGAACAGCUCGACGAUGCUAUUUCUAAAGGAGAUGCCAAUACCGUCGCUAAAUUGCACAGUGCCCUCAAAUUCAACGGCGGAGGUCAUAUUAAUCACUCAAUUUUCUGGAAGAACCUUGCCCCUGUCCGCGAGGGUGGUGGUGAGCCUCCAAAGGGUUCUCUUGGCUGGGCUAUUGACACUAACUUUGGUUCCGUGGAAGCUUUAGUAAAAAAGAUGAAUGCAGAAGGUGCUGCUUUACAGGGCUCUGGCUGGGUGUGGCUUGGUGUGGACAAAGAGCUUAAGCGCCUGGUGAUUGAAACCACUGCGAAUCAGGACCCUUUGGUUUCUAAAGGAGCAAAUUUGGUACCUCUUCUGGGUAUAGACGUUUGGGAACACGCAUACUACUUGCAGUACAAGAAUGUAAGACCAGAUUACCUGAAGAAUAUAUGGAAAGUUAUCAACUGGAAAUAUGCCAAUGAUGUUUAUGAGAAAGAAUGCCCUUGAACAGAGAUAUUUGACGUUGUUUUGAGAAAACGUUUGUAAAAACUUUUGACGGGAAAUAAUUGCUGAGUGACAUGAGCAUCCUAUAUUUCUUUUUAGUCGCUGGUUUAUGUAAUUGAUGUAUGGAUCCUGAAUAAAGCUACUCUCAUCUUGUGAGCCCAAUUUCUUAGA